CGUCGGUCUCGGCGACGCUAAAAAUGGCGGCGGCGUCGAUUCUCCGUCGACCGAAGCCACGGACUAUAAUGUCCGUUUUGCCCUCAGCACUGAGGUCAACGCCUGCCAUGUCGUCGUCACCGUCAUCGUCUUCCUCUGUCUCGGCGGCGGCGCAAUGCUCUGCUCGACGGACUGAAACAUUCUCGUUACCAACGCAAGCUCCUCCUGUCCCGAGGAAGAUCCCGUCAACGGUCUCUGCUCAUGGGAUGACGUGGCAAGACCCCUACCGUUGGAUGCGGAACACUGAUGAUCCAGAUUUCAUCGAUUUUCUGGACCGCGAGAACUCGUACGCCCAAGCUUUCAUGGCGGACACAGAAGCCCUGCGGAGCGAUCUAGUUUCGUCCCGCAUACCCACUGAAAUUUCCUCUCCCCCUGAACGUUGGGGACCAUGGCUAUAUAAGCAAUACAUACCCGAAGGAAAAGAGUACCCGGUUUUGUGUCGGAUAUUGGAAAAUGGAGAAACGGGUUGGUUCUCACGCCUUUUUGGCAGAGAAAAAGGGAAGGAAGAAGUUCUACUUGACUGGAAUCAAAUUGCAGAACAGUAUGGUUACGUUCACGUUGGGGUUUGCCGGAUUUCGCCUGAUCACAACUAUCUAGCUUACACAGUUGAUCCUUCGGGUAGUGAAAGAUUUUUGCUUCAGAUCAAAGACCUUAGAACUGGACGUUUGGUUCCAAGGUCAAGAACUGAUGGAGCUGUCAGCUUGGCAUGGGCUCUAGAUGGAAAGACCUUGUUCUAUACCGUCUCAGAUGAAAAUCAAAGACCUCACAGGGUGAUGUCCACUAAUGUAGAAUCAGACGGUAACGAUGAUUCACAAGUGUUUGUGGAAAACGAUUCCAGUUUCUGUCUAGACAUAACGAGUACAAAAGAUGGCAAGUUUGUCACAAUCAAUUCAAAUUCAAGAACUUCAUCCGAGGUUUAUGUUAUAAGUGCUGAUUACCCAUCAGCCGGGCUUCGAAGGGUUCGUAGGCGGGCUGUUGGCGUGCAGUAUUUUCUUGAACAUCAUAACGGGCUCUUUUACAUUCUAACUAAUGCACCCACAAGUGGAACCAGUGAGCGUUCGGGCAAAGGCUAUUACUUGACUAGGUGUCGAGUGGAAGAAAUUGAAGCAUCUAACUGGCAGACGGUUAUUCAUCCGGAUGACAAUGACAGCAUACAAGAUAUGGACAUGUUCGAUGACUACAUGGUGCUUUUCCUCAACAAGAAUGGCUUACCUGUGAUAUCUUCCAUUGAUAUGCCUAUCAGAGCAAAUCCAAAGGAUCUGAGGAGAAUAGAGGAUCUCAAUCCCUGGUACUUUCCUCUUCCUUCUGAUCACUGCAGUGUUGUCCCGGGAUCAAACCAUGAUUUUACGAGCUCGAUAUACAGAUUAGUGCUGUCAUCUCCUGUGAUUCCUGACACGAUUAUCGACUAUGAUGUGCCAAGAAGAUCAUUCUCGAUUUUGCAGGAAGAGGGUGUUACAGGUAAUCCCGACAUUGCUACGUCACCUGCUGCCUGCUCUGUGGAUAACAUCACCGAGGUUCAGGAUGUUCGGUUAAGUAACCAAAUGGAUAGAUUGAAGAAUAUCUCCCAUGGAUAUGUUUGUGAGAGACGAGAGGUUCCUUCUCAUGAUGGAGUUGAGAUCCCUCUUACGAUUCUGUAUUCUCGUAAAGCAUGGCAGAUGAAUCGAUCCCCGGGAAUAUUAAUCGGGUAUGGUGCAUAUGGGGAAGUACUAGACAAAAACUGGUGCUCUAAUAGAUUGAGCAUGCUUGAUCGUGGCUGGGCGAUUGCAUUUGCCGAUGUCAGGGGCGGAGGAGGAGGAGAGGAUUUAUCGUGGCAUAAAUCCGGAGCUGGAUUGAACAAGAAAAACUCGAUCCAAGACUUCAUAGCAUGCGCAAACUAUCUAAUCGACGAGGGCUAUGUCCAAAGACAGUAUCUUGCUGCAAUAGGGUACAGUGCAGGCUGUGUUCUUCCAGCUGCAGCCAUGAAUAUGCACCCGGGUCUCUUCCGAGCUGCAAUUUUGAAGGUUCCCUUUCUCGAUGUGCUGAACACGUUAAUGGACCCGAGCUUACCUCUAACGGUUCUUGACUACGAAGAAUUCGGAAACCCGCAAACGGAAACGGACUUCGAGUGCAUCCGCAGCUAUUCACCUUACGAAAACAUACGCGAAGGUGUUUGCUACCCAUCGAUGCUCGUUCAACCGUCGUUUCACGAUCAAAGGGUGGGAGCGUGGGAGGGCGGGAAAUGGGUGGGGAAGAUACGAGAGAGAGCGUGCGGAAGAUGCUCGAGAGCUGUGCUUCUGAGGACAAAUAUGAGAGGAGGCCAUUUCGGAGAAGGAGGUCGCUUCGCCCACUGCCACGAGACUGCCUUCGACUAUGCCUUCCUCGUCAAAGCUAUGGCCCUCACCCUCCAUUAGCCACUCCCUGUUUUUUUUUUUUUUUUUGCCAAAUUUUUAAAAAUUAAAUUUCUUUGUUUUUUUAAAUCCUUAUUUUGUAAUAUUCUAGUUUAACAUAGACUCGUUUUCAAAUGAAACAGGAAAAUAUUGAUUUGAUUUGGAUCGUUUGUUUCACGAGUUAAACGAAUUGGUUUGUGAA